CGACCAACGAACCAAUAGAGGAGGCUUUAGUGGUUGCCAAGGUAAACUUCUAGCGGCAAGAUGGCAGCCGCCAGCCAAGGAAGCCGGAGCUCCCGCCCGCAGCGCCGGGACCCGCAGGGGCGGCCGCCACAGGACGGCUACGGUGUCUACACCUACCCCAAUUCCUUCUUCCGGUACGAAGGGGAAUGGAAAGGCGGGAAGACCCACGGCCGCGGGAAGCUACUGUUUAAGGAUGGAAGUUACUACGAGGGCGAGUUUGCGGACGGGGAGAUCAUGGGCCAAGGCUGCCGCCACUGGGCCGCCACAGGGAACACCUAUUCUGGUCAGUUUGUCUUUGGAGAGCCCCAAGGCCACGGCGUCAUGGAGUACAAGGCGGGGGGCCGCUACGAGGGGGAGCUGUGCCACGGCGUGAGAGAAGGACACGGGUGCCUGGUGGACCGGGACGGGCGCGUCUACUGCGGGUCCUUUCACAACAACAAGCGCCACGGCCGUGGGCACAUGGCCUUCCCGAACGGUGACGAGUACGACGGCAACUGGGUGCGGGACCAGCGGCAGGGCCACGGGGUGCUGCGCUGUGCGGACGGCUCCACCUACGAGGGACAGUGGCACAGCGACGUCCGCAGCGGCCUGGGCAGCAUGACCCACUGCUCCGGGCUCGUCUACAGGGGCAUGUGGAUCAACGGCCACCCGGUGGGGCGAGCCGCGAGGACCGUGAUUCUGGGCCCGGAGGUGAUGGACGUGGCCCGGGGCGCCUCCUUCACGGUGCGCGUGCAGCUGCUGCAGGACAACGGGGCAGUGGCCGCCAGCGAGGACGGCCGGGUCCUGAGGAUCACUGCGGGCGUCAGGUACGUGCAGCUGCCGGCCUACUCGGAGGUCAGCUUCUUCACCGUGGACGCGGGCCGACGGGAGGCGCCCAUCCAGACCCCGUUUGGGUUCCAGUGCAUCCCCUACCCGCUGUCGGGCCUGGAGCCCAGAGCAGCCAACACCCCCGAGAUACCCACGGGAGACCCGGAGGUGGCACGGACCCCGGACGCCUCAUGUGGCCAGGGAGACGCCCCCGGUGGCCUGCCCGCCGGGCGACGCGGGUCCUGCUGUCCUGAGGGCUGUCGGCGAGUGGAGCGAGGCUGCGCCCAGUUCGAGGACGUCUGCCUGGGGCCCCCUCCGCCCGGGUACCACCCCGUCCCGUUCCUGGACGGCCCGCACCAGGAGGCCAGCGGCAGGCCCGGAGGUGGCCUGAGCCCCGGGACAGGGACGCCCACCACGCAGGACCCCCCGGGAGGCAGCAGGCCUGAGGGGGCAGCCGAGGCAGAGCCAGGGACCGAGGCCCCCCCAGGGGAGUACGUCAUCAUGAUCCAGGACGUGACCACCCCCCCGUUCCUGGGCCGCAGGCUGCCCACGGCCUUCAAACACCUCCGGGUGUCCGCCAGGGGCCCGGCCGGCAGCGCCCCCGCCCUGGAGAGAGCCCCCGAGCCUGGACCCGGGAGGGCCGCCCACCCCCGGGGACAGGCGUCCCCUCCGGACACCACCUCAUCCUGAAGGACAGAAACGCCGCCGCUGCUUCCCGUGGCGCCACCCCGCCCCCUCCCCAGGCGGCC